AUGCCUUUGCCUAUUGUGCCUGUUGUUGCUAACCAUGAUCGGGUACAUCAGGAAGAUGCGGUUCCAGAUGAUAGUGCUUCUGAUUCUGACCAGUCUGAUGAAAAUUUCGCUAAAAAUGAGCAAGAAAUGGAUCCGGAAGAGCAAGAACAAGAACCUGCCCCGCCUACACCGCCACGGUGCAACGUUGGCGCGCGAUCCCAGAUGGAUUCGCCAUCCUCUUUGGAUCGGCCGCUGCCAGAUUCUUCUGGCCCUGCCAAUGAUUGGCCGCCAGCCUCAGACAGCGACGCCGCGCCCUGUCCGCUGCCGCCACAUGCCAUCGCCAGCUCCGCUCCCGCGUCGCCUCUUCCGCUCAACGCCGAGCCAUCGCAGGAGGCACGUGCCCCUGCCUCCCCUCCAGCGACCACGCCCCCGACAGGCGAUGACGCGUUGCGCCAACCAACGCCUGCCCCGCCCGCACCUACUGCUACAUCGGCAGCCCUGCGGGAUCUUCUGCAGCUUCACCGCCUGUGGCUUCAUCUGCGCCUGGAGAACCUCAACAUUUAUCUGAAGCUCUUUCACAUCCUCAGUGGCAUGUGGCAAUGGAGGACGGAUACAAUGCUCUUCUGA